UAAUCACGAUUGACUUCGGUGUGGUCCACUGAGAUAAAUGCUGUUGCAUAUGCCAUUAGCAUUAUAUUUGACAUUAACUGACGUGAGCCUGCUGAGUUAGAUCUGUGUCAUAUACCACACAUCUUGGACAAACGUCACUCUGACAUACCUUCAAGUGACGCGAGGAUCCUCUUAUCACAUCUGUCUUUCGGGCGGAGGAGCGGCCGAGCAGGCCUCCGCCGGUGCCCGCGCCUGCGCCUCCGCCUCAGCGCAUGACUGGCGACCCCGAGGUGCGCCGGUUUGGCGGCGUGGGGCGGCCUCGGCCCAGCAUCCUGAUGCCGCCGCCGGGCACGGUGCCACGCAUCCCGCCCUUCCCCAGGUACCUCGCGCUGCCGCCGCCCCCGGCGCUGCCGCCGCCGCCUCCGCCGCCGCCGCCGCCUCCACCGCCGCCGCCGCCACCUCCACCGCCUGCGCGUUCACCUUACCAGACGGAGCCGCUGGCACCGCUGUCGUUGGUGUACAAGCAGAUCUCGGACUCGACCGGCUACCGGCUGAUGGUGUCUAUGCCUGUGGGGCAUCGCGACGACGGCACGUACGGCAUCCUCACUUACGGCGUGCGCCCCGACCAGGAGUACACGCUGUCCACGUACUACGUCAACAACGUCACCUACUACAGCGUCCCGCCCGACAUGCUGUUGCCCAGCCUCCUGUGACAUGGCGCCACCCACCGCUGCCGCCCUCAAAAUCCCUCGUCGUGUGCACUCUUCUCGAUUGACUCGUUUCUUGUUUCUACUUGUAACAUGCUUGCAGCAAAUAAAAUUUCAGUGUUCCAGGA